AUGACAACUCGAGCUCUUGAGAAAUUUGGCUACUCCGAUUUGGUAGCCCUUGCAUUACUUGUGGUAGAUGAGGUACACGAUUCAGAGCCGAAAUCGUUUAAAGAAACUAUGAAGAGCAAAGAGAGAACUAAAUGGAAGCAUGUUAUGGCAGAGGAGAUGGCAUCGUUUGACAAAAAUGAGACGUGGGAAUUGGUGAACAAACUCAAAAAUCAGAGGGUGGUUGGUUUAAAAUGGGUGUUCAAGUACAAAGAAUGUGUAGAUGGUAGUAACAAGCCAAGGUUUAAGGUGAAAUUGGUAGCUAAGGAGGUGAAGAUCCUUUGA